AUGCAUAAUCCAAAGAAGCAUCACAUAGAAGCUGUUCAACGAAUACUAAGAUAUGUGAUAAGUACGAUUAAUUAUGGUCUUUUGUACGAGAAAGGUGAAGAAUGCGAGCUGGUCGGUUAUUGUGACUCUGACUAUGGAGGGGACCAUGAUACCCGUCGUUCAACUACUGGUUUUGUGUUUAUGCUUGGAGCUGGAGCAAUUUCUUGGUGCAGCAAAAGGCAACCAACAGUGUCGUUGUCAACAACAGAAGCAAAGUAUCGAGCAGCAGCAGUUGCAGCUCAAGAAAGUACAUGGCUUAUGUAG